GAUACAUGUUUAUUAUUCAUGGACUCAUUGCUGGAUAUGGGAUGUAACCCCAUGAGUGUGUAACAGCUGAUAACAGAGAUGCAGAUCCUACUGGUCGAGCUGCUUUGCUUCUUUACAGCCCUUACGUUUGCAGAAAAUGCUCCGCUUGUGGUACAAGGGCUGCUAAACCAAUCUGUCCGUUUGUCUUAUCCAAAGCUGAAUGCGCCUCUCAAUGCCGUGUACUGGAGUUUCACUCACAUAAACGGAACGGUUUGGGACAGGAUAGCCGAUAUCAGGGAUCAACAAUUAACUGUCCAUUCCAAACAAUUUGCCAAUCGCACAGAAACCAAUGAAAUAGAAUUACAGAUCAGGAAGCUGAGAAUGGAGGAUGCCGGAACCUUCAAAGCAAUUCUAAUUCCUGAAGGCAGUGAACAACUAAAAGAUCAGACGUAUGAUCUCACUGUGUAUGAGCCUGUUCCUGUUCCAAACAUAGAAGUACUGGAAACGCAUAGUGAUGACCUGUGUAAUUUUACACUUGAGUGUUCUGUCCCAACCAACACAAAAGCCUUGUUCUUUAGCUGGAAGACCAGGCACAGAGAUCUUGCAUUCCAACCCUACAUAAAUGGAAGCACCAUCUGGGCCUCGCUGAGGCCUGAAUCAUGGGGCAAUGAGUAUCUCUGCAUAGUACAGAACCCUGUUGAUCAGAAAAAUGUAUCUGUUACUGCCCAAGAUAUCUGCCUUAAAGACAGACAAACAUUCUACUUCCGUUCCUAUUUUCUACUCCUGCCUUUGAGCCUCAUUCUGUUACUGCUGAUAGCAGGGCUCGUUAUACUACUGCGGAGGAAAAAUAACAAAGAACCUGCUCCCACCGGAGAAAAUCUAUACAGUGAAACUCUGUAUAUUGAGGUGGAAAGAAAUCAGCAGAAUGAAAUCGAGCAGGAGAAAGAGGUUAUUUAUAGUCAGCCGAAAAAGAGAAACCUACCAUCCAAAUCAAGGACAAAUACGAUCUACACUGUCAUUCAACACAAUACGUGAAAACCUUGUGCUCUCUACAGAGCCUAUCUUCAGACUGUUCAGUGCCAUAGGGUGGUCAUCCUGAAAAACCGCACUGUUGGAGACCCUCAUGUGAAAACCAAGGGAUCUGAUUCUGCUGUACUCUGCCGAACUACUAACUAAGCUUGUACAUAAGAUAUACAAGUCUGUAAAUUUCAGGUCAGCACAUUUACUUUAUGUGAUUUUAAGUGGGUAAGGCUGAUACCACCCAGUUGGCCAUACACUGGCAGAAUAAAGCUGGUGCUUUAUCCUUCAGAUUGAAGGUCAGAACUUGGACAGCUUUGACCUCAUCGGUUCAUUGAUGUGAAUCACUUUCAACAGACCUGCUAAGGUGCCAACUAUGAUUUUUUGGCUAAAUGAUCAGAUUAGCCUGUUUUGCAUAAGAAUGUACAAACGAUUCAUUCAUUUGGUGGGGCCACCAAACAAGCAGAUAAUCAUGUGUAUGGCCAAGUUUUAGGGCAGAGACACAUGCAAAGAUUCAGGGAGAUUUA